UUCAGAAGAUGGAGGCAAAGCAGCUGAAGAGAGAUGUUGAAGCGCUCUUAGGUGAUUACAUUGGGCAGAAACUCCGAGAAAAAUCCUUCGAUCCAAAGGGGAAAGGCACCUCCACCAUGCUGGAUGACCUGGCUCACUACGACCUCGCCAUCAGUGUCGCCCUCUGGUGGUUGGACAAAGACGAGGGACGCGACGCGCUGGACGGAGACAUCAUCGGAACAGCGAGCGGCUCGGGAGGCUCCCGGUACCCCGAUCGCCUGGAGCGGGAGGCCAUGAUCCUGUCGUCCUUUGCCGGGAUCGUCAUGAGGAGCCUUCCAGUGGAGGAGAUCCUGGCUCUGUACAGGUGCAGACCAGCGGCUUCACACCCAGACCAGCAGUCCAAGGGCGCCAUCGUGUAUCCCUUCACUCUGUCCUACCAUCCGUUUGCAAUGCUCGGCUCUUACAAGGCUGCGUACCAGUCAAAGAAGCACAGUCAAAAGUUGAAGAAGUGGCUGUCUGAGAGGAGGAGGGCGACUGAGCCGCCUGGACCACUGUCGCCCAAGUCUUUGUCAUCGUCCUCCUUGUCUCACUCCUUCCUCAGUGGCAACAGUGGUCGUCAGGAGAAGACAGCGGAGCACUAUGAAGGUUCGCUGGAGUCUCUGGACGACUGAAGUCCUGCAGUGGGAUCUCGUCUCAUGAUGGACCUCCACUAGUGUUUGAGGACGGUAGUUUCUGACUUCUGUCGUCUCUUUUCUUUGCAGAUUGAUUAAAACCUUCAGCAUUUAGAGGCAGUUAAUUAGUUAGUUGUGAAAUGUCGGUGGUGGAAGCUUACAAACAAUAACAUUUGACUAAAUUAA